AUGGAUAAAUCUCUAGAUACCUCCUGGCUUCUGGAUGGUCGUGAUUCGGACAUGGAUCAUCUGAACCCAAAUAUGCUUCUUUAUCGAGACAAACGAUAUGUGGUAACACAGAGCCUCGUGGAACAAAGUCGCCUUGCAGCCUUGUACAUCAUUUUUAUUAUUCUUAUUCUUAUAAUCAAUGCCUUUAUUAUCAUUAUGAUUCUCUUGUCAAAAACCAUGCGAUCCAGUUCAAGACACGUCCUGAUCAUCAGUGUUUGUCUCGGCGACCUUCUCAUGGGGGUCUUUGUAUUGCCAGUACUUCUACAUUUGGGACUCACCUCUGACCAAAACAUCGUAGACUGCCCAACAUUCUACACAAUGCGAUUUUUUGCAGACUUUCUAAUCCCAUCCGUGACAACAUUAGCUAUGCUUGCUCUAAAUAUCGACUAUAUUUUGAGACUAUGCUGUUCUACUUACUCUGAGGGUGGCAGCAGAACCUCGCUGAUCGUGGUACUGUUCUUGGCCCCAUGGAUAGUCAGUAACUUACUGCUGAUUCCACUAUACAUUGAUGGAAUGAACAAGGUAUCCGGAACAUGGCGAACCACUUGCGAUAUCAACAUGGGUGGUCACUUAACUCGGACGCUUCUUGUGGUUAGCUUUUUCCCACAGGCUGGCUUGCUUCUGAUCUUCAACUUGAUCGUGUCAAUUCUCUACCUCCUGAGGCGGGAGUCCUACAGUUUAGACGUGUGCGGGGAGAGGAUUCGGGCUCCAGUGGACAUCUGCUUGGCCUCUUUCACCACCAUGCUCUUGUAUACACCCGUGUUUAUCGCCACACUCCUGACCACAGAAGGUUACCUCGGAUGCCAGAACAAGGAUGAAUGCAACGCACUGAACAUUCUCUACACUACAUCUUUAUGGUUGAUGUUUACCAAAUCUUGGCUUCUGCCUCUAGCUUGGCUUACAUGCAGGGACACCAGAGCUUGUAUACGUCAUGAUUUAGGCAGUUGCUGA